UUUGCCAGGUAACAACACAUUUUUGAGCGGCGCAAGCGAGCGAUUUCGAGGCGAUUUCGAGGCGGUACGAAACCGAAAUCGAAAUCGAGACCAAAACCAAAACCAACCGAAGUGCGCGUCGGGCCUUCGUUGUUAUUUUUUUUUUCUUGUUCUUCUGUGCGAGUGAGAGAGAGAGAGAGGGAGAUAGAGAUAGAGAGCGCGACAAGGAAGGAGCACCAGCCUCCGCGACAAGGAGUUGAAUUCAUCACAGUGUGCUAGGACGAGAGGAGAGAUUCGAGACGAAGAAGAAACGAUUCGGAACGAAACGAGACGAGACGAAACGAGUCGAAUCGAAACGAAACGAGUCGAAUCAGAACAGGACCUUUUUGGGGGCAAUUGGCGCGAGGACGUCGCCGUGGCGAACAGAAACACGCUGGCCGUUGACCGAGUGGCAACGCAGCCCGGAGAAUCGGUUUCGGUUUUAGGAUUUGGACUGGAGAAUUGCUUUUCAAGAGGAGUGUAUCGUAUCGUAUCGCAUCGCAUCGCAUCGUAUUGACUGAGAAUCGGUGGAACUCCUAGAGCAGCUGUUGCAUGCCGUUGUGGCAGACUCAGUGACGCCGCGAGUGCCGUCGCCGCGUCUUGUUUUUGUUGUUUGUUUGUUUGGUGACCCCGACGCGAUCCUCUCGAGUGUGUGACCGAGACAGCAAGAUACGCUCUCUUCCAGAGAACUAUACACUCAAAGAAACAGUGGAACAGAAAGUGUUUGUGGGACGAGUCCCGAGAACGAGGUAUUUCGCAUUCGAGCCAAUGGUGAGGAUGGGCCUGCUCCAGCUCCUGCCGGUGAUCCUGGCCGUGGCCAUCGGAUCCUUAACCAGAUCCACCUGGGCCGCCGGCAUAUCGGCCAACGAUCCCUGCUACUUCGAGGGCAAGCCGCGCAAGUGCCUGCCAAGUUUUGUGAACGCCGCCUAUGGUAAUCCCGUCCAGGCAUCGAGCGUAUGUGGCGCCCAACAGCCGGAGCGGUAUUGUGAACUCCUCCGCGAUGGAAAUGCCGGCGAGUGUCGAGCAUGCGAACCCCAGCGAUAUGGGCCCUCGUCCCUGACCGAUCUCAAUAAUCCCAGCAAUGUGACCUGCUGGCGAUCGGGGGCUGUGAAUGUGCCCCACGAUCCGGACACCGCGCCGCCGGACAAUGUCACCUUGACCCUCUCGCUGGGCAAGAAGUACGAGCUGACCUACAUAUCGCUCUCCUUCUGCCCCCGCUCGCCCCGUCCCGACUCGCUGGCCAUCUUCAAGAGCUCCGACUUCGGCCAGACCUGGCAGCCCUUCCAGUUCUACAGCUCCCAGUGCCAGAAGUUCUACGGUCGUCCGGAUCGGGCCAAGAUCUCCAAGUUCAAUGAGCAGGAGGCGCGUUGCAUCAACUCGCAACACGAUACGGGUGGUGCAGCCCAGAGAUUCGCCUUUAAUACGCUGGAAGGUCGUCCGUCGGCCAAUGAUCUGGACUCCUCGCUGGUCCUUCAAGAUUGGGUGACGGCCACCGAUAUCCGGGUGGUGUUCCAUCGCUUGGAACUGCCACCUCAGCUGUUGAAAGUGAAAAAUGCAAAUGCCUUCAGCGAUGAGAUGGGCGGCAGUCGGGAGGAGGACGACGACGAGGAUGAUGAGGCGGAUCUGGAGAUGGACGGGGAGCAGGAUGAGUACGACUACAAUCUGCAGGACAACGAUAGUGCCGACACGGGCUACGAUGAGUACGAAGAGCCCAAGAAGCACCUGGAACUGGAUGAUGAUCAUUUGCAUCUGGACUAUGCCAGUGAUGGGGAGACCUCGAGUGCCAAGCGACAGGGAAAACACAAGGGCAGUGCCUAUGAGAAGCACUAUCAGAGCAAACUGGCGGUCACCACGCCACCGCAGCCCAAGGUCACUCCGCCCGGGAAGACCACGCCCCCAGCCAGCACAGCCGCCCCCUCGGCCGCCUCCUCCGUGACCCUGCCCGUUUCGCAGCACUAUGCCGUCUCCGAUUUCGCCGUCGGUGGCAGAUGCAAGUGCAAUGGUCAUGCCUCCGAGUGUGUGGCCACCAUGGCUUCGGGAGCAGGAGCAGCAGCAGCAGCAGCAGGAUCAGGAACGGAUCCCGAUGAUGGCCAGGAUGAGGACACAUCCCCCGCCGCCCCUUCGCUGGCCGCCCACUUCGGACGGAGCACCCAGAUGAGCGCCAAGUUGGCCAUGACCUGCGCCUGCAAACACAAUACCGCCGGUCCCGAAUGCGAGCGCUGCAAGCCCUUCUACUUUGACCGCCCCUGGGGCAGGGCCACCGACAACGAUGCCAACGAGUGCAAGAUGUGCCAGUGCAAUGGACACGCCCGUCGCUGCCGAUUCAACCUGGAGUUAUACAAGCUAUCUGGCCGGGUUUCGGGAGGUGUGUGCUACAACUGCCAGCACGAUACUACCGGAAGAUACUGUCACUACUGCCGCGAGGGAUAUUACCGGGAUGCCACUAAGCCGCCAAAUCAUCGCAAAGUCUGCAAGCGUUGCGACUGCCAUCCAGUGGGUUCGACGGGCAAGACGUGCAAUCACCUAAGUGGCCAGUGUCCCUGCAAGGAGGGCGUCACCGGACUGACCUGCAACCGAUGUGCCAGGGGCUACCAGCAGACCCGGUCCCACGUGGCACCCUGCAUCAAAGUGCCCACCAAUGCGAAUAUGAUUCAGGCCGAGAGUGCUGGCGGCGGAGGAAGUGGCACAGGUGAUUACAAGGACGGCGGUGGUUCGCAGGUGGAGGAAAUGAAGAAGUACUGCGGCAAGUGCAAGGCGAGUCCCAAGAAGCUCAACCUCAACAAGUUUUGCAUGGAAGAUUAUGCCAUUUUGGCCAAGGUUAUUGGCCACGAUCGCGCCUCCCAGGACAUCAGCACGGAAAAGUUCUCCAUAGAGCGGCAGAACGAGAUCUACAAGUACGAGAUCAACAUCCAGACGAUCUUCAAGCGGAAUCCCAUGUCGGGCACGACCAGUUCCUUGCUGGGCAGAGGCAAUAUGAUGCUGCUGGUGCCGCGCAAGAGCAUCGAGUGCCAGUGUCCCAAAAUUAAGCUAAACAAAUCGUAUCUCAUCCUCGGACGCGACUCGGAGGCGGCGCCCGGCUAUUUGGCCAUCGGACCCAGCUCGGUGGUCCUCGAGUGGAAGGACGAGUGGUCGCUCCGCAUGAAGCGGUUCCAGCGGCGGGCCCGCAAAUGCAGUUGAAUCGAACCGGAAACGGAAUAUGUCAGAGCGGAUUUCAAUUUCACACACUUGGCUAGGUAUCGGUUUUUGUAUAAAUUGUACAGUUUACUCAAGUUUCUGACCUUCUUCGGCAUCAUGCUAUAAAUUAAUUGAAUCGGAGCAACACAAACCCCCCCCCCCCCAAUCAGCAAUUCCCAACCGGAAGUAACCCAUCUAUAUUAUCUCAAUUCCUUCCUAGAAUAUCCUCUUCCGGGGCGGUCUCUAGUCUAUAAAGCGCUUUACACACCAUCAGCGAACCAGCAAACACACAACGUAUACAUAAUACCCCCCCCUUUAUGAAACACCAAAUGCUAAUUACAGUUACGUGCCAAUGGGUGGGCGUGGCCGCGUGUCCAUAACGGUUGUGCUGGCCAUAAAAAACGGUUAUAAAUUGAAAAUAAGUGCGAAAAAGAGCCGGAACAUCGGGGGAAAACGUCGCGUGUCGCAAUUCUAGAAAGGCAAACAAGCGCAUGUUUUGGGGAAAAUGGUCAAACGGACAAACAGGCCACGUCGUCACAUGAGUGCAGUCAUAAACCAACAACACGGGCCUUGACCGGAUGUCAGCCAUCCACACUUUGCCAAUAGUAGGGGCACUCUGAAAGAAUAGAGCUCAAAAUAGUAUUAUCAUUAUCAUGUUACCCAAAAAAUAUUUUUUGAAUUUGUCAUAUUUUCAGUAUUUCUUUCGUAUAUUUUUUAAUGAUUAAAAUCUCUAAAAUAUGGCUAUAGAUUUUUUAUUAUUUUUAAUGCAUUUAAUUUUCAUAUCCAUAUUCCAAUAGAAUAGAUCCCCGUGCGGAAAUCGAGCUCAAAAUAGUGUUAAUACUAUCAUAUUUCCCAAUUAAAAAAUAUUUUCAAUUUGAACGAUCUUCAGUCUUUUUUCGAAAUUUUUAUUUUAGACACCUUGUUAAUUCUAAAACAACAUUGCAUUUUUCAACUUUCUAAAAUAUUUUUAUAGACUUUGACUUUAUAGACUAGACUUUUUAGUAUUUUUUCUGAAUUUCCUUUAAAAAAACCUUGUUGAAAUCUACAAUCACAUUAUUUAAAUUUCUUAAAUACAUCUAUAGAUUUUCUUUUGUAUUUUAGAUACGCAUUUAAUUUUCAGAUCCACACUUUUGCCAAUAGUAGGGCCACUUUGCGGAAGUCGACCUCUAAAUAGUAUUAUUAUUAUCAUAAUCUUCAGGAAAUAUCUUUUCAGUUUCUCGAAUUGUCAGCCUUAUUUUAGCAAUUUUCCUUUCCAAAAAAACCUUGUUGCAAUCUAAAAACCAUAUUAAAUUAUUUAAAUUUCUUAAGUACAUCUAAAGAUUUUCCUUUGUGUCUUAGAUAUGCCUUUCAGAUCAAUAAAAAGUAAAGGUUUUAUCGAUUCAUUAAAGAAACCUGAUAUUUGAAUGGACUCAAAAAAUGUAACAAAUAGAUUAAUUUUCAAACUAAUCACUGGAAAUCAAAUCAAAAUCUUUUACAAAGCCAAAUUUAAAAACGAAAAUUAGUGUUCAUUGUCUAACUCAUUCAAUGUCGUUAUUAAUUUGUAUUAAAAUUAGUCAUUAUUGUCUGUCUUUAUUUGUUUACUUCAUUAAGAGGUUUUAAAACAAAUAACCUAUAUAACAGGGCAGAUUUGAAUAUCCCUGAAAAUUGUAACCAAAUAUUGAUUCAAUUUUUAAUGUUUGCUAAAAUUCGUUUGAAAUAUUUACCAUUUGCUGGUCUAACAAUUUGCACUACUUUAUUUGAUUUAGUUUAUUAUACUCUUGCGGGAGGUGUUUGAAUUUUAUUUAUCUGUUUGUUUCACACAUUGAAAAAAUAUUUCCAAAUAUUCAGAACUUUAUUUUCUUGCUAAAAAAAGUAAAGUAAUUUUUUUGUAGUUCUCCCAAAGCUUUUAAGGUGUCAAAGUGACUGUUUUUUUAUAUUUAUAACUGCUCUUCCUGUAUUUUUGUCGACCAGAAAAACAUUUCUCAAGAAUUUAUGCAAACAGUUUUUGCAGAUAAUUAUGCACAUGUUUAUUGACAAUCUGCUAGUUGAUUUUUCACGCGCUUUUGCAUACCAAUUUGUUUGAUGGAUGCAUCAAUAAAAAAGAAAUAAAAUAAAGCAGGGAAGCAGCGGCGGCAAAACAGGCAUUUAAAAUGCAUUUAUUUGAAUUUAAUUUUCAAUUUGAAUUAUGCAUGCAAAUUGUGAGCGCAUCGAUUCCCAGCCAGAGUGUCUGAAACCGAAAUCGAAGGCGUUAAGAGUGCGAUGAAGGUGUUGAGGGCUGGGGGGAUCUGGUUGUAACUUGUUUUCGGAGCAUGUGUAGGCCACGCAACACUUGAAACCCAUCCCGACCAGCUUCUUGGUACAGUAAACUUUGCCUAGGGGGAUUUUCAGAAUUUAUUCAAGCCAUAUAGUUUAAAAUUGCACACAAAAUAUCUUACUUUUUCAGUUAAUUUGUAUCUAUAGUUAUACAAAGUCCCAAAUUUAGAUUCUGUUUUGGUAAUCUCAUUUUCUCCCUUACUGGGUUUUUACUGUUUUGCUCGAUAAGCAUCAGAGGCAAACAAAACCAUCAAAACAGCAGACAACAUGAAACACGUAACACAAAUUAAACAGCAGAAACAAACAGAGAAAUUAGUUUCAGAAAAUAACUAUUCAACAUAAAUUCCCAAGUUUUCUUCAUUAAUUAAUCAAACUAGAUGUGUUAAUAUUCUAUUUAAAAUUAGGCAUAUAAAAAUUAUACAAAAUGGAGUAUUCUAAACAUAGAUUUCUGUAUGUGUACCGUAGAAAUGAACUUCGUGGGCCGCACCAAGUGAUAUCCGUGCCCCCCAAAAGCCGGCGAGCCACCGCCGAUUGCAGUUACAUUUUUUCGAUGUUGCUGCGGAUUAAACAUGUUUCGGGCUCAAAAAUGUAACAUGAUAUAUGACAGCCAAGUGUCGAACUUGAUAAAUGUUUUAAUGAAUUUAUUUUCGUGUUUAUGUGCUGGCUGCCAUCCGGCAACGAGUGACUGAAUCGAGAUCUUUGGCUGACUUUCGGCUCGUUUUUUUUUUUGGUUUUGGUUUCGACGGCUGCCACGACACCUACUCUCUGGGUCUUUUGUGGAUGUCUGAUUCUGAUGUGUUGUGCUGUCUGCCCCAUCCAUAAAUACACUCAGAUAUUCACAUAUCCAGAUAUCCACAUGCCCCUACCCAUACCCAUACCCAUACCCAUUCACAAGUUAUUCAGGUCCGACCGUGACCAUGAUGUAUGAUAAAUCAAAAUGGGGGCAACAUAUGCAGGGACAGUCCGGAGUUGGACAGUUAACAUGCUGCGGCAUUUAAGCCGAGAUUUGUGUUCGCAUUCGCUCUCCGCCCAGGGUCGGCAUAAUUAGCCCUGGCUCUUGAAAUGGAUGUGGAUAUGUGGAUCUGGAUCUGGAUCCGUAUCUGUUUCUGUUUCUGGCCAACGCGGCGUAUGAGUCACGGGCACACGUGUGCCCAGAGAAAAACACAGGGACAUUCGGCUGGGUAGCGUGUCCUGGAGCAAAAUAAAUGCAAAAUUGUCAACUUUUAACAGUAUUCAUUUGUGCACAUUUUAAUGCAGGAUGCUGCCCUGCCCAAGGGAUGAUACCAACUAUUAAAGAGACCUGGCAUUCAAAAGGAAUUUCAUUUUACACAUACUUAUUGGUAUUUUUAUCCUUCAAAAGAUUCGAGUUGAUACAUUUUUUAAUAACCACAAAUAAAAUAAAUAUUUCUGUUAAGUGCCAAUAUUUUAAAUAAAGUUAUUUUCAACUAAGUAACAAUUUUUUUUAUUUAAUUAUAUUUUAUCAUGUUGAAAAGUCUUUCAAAUACUUAUUGGUAUUUUUAUCGGCCAACUCAUUAAAAUCUAUAGAUUGCCCCGCUGAAAAUAAAUAUAACAAAUAUUUUUAUUAGUUUUAAAAAUGCUAAAUUCUCUUUAAAAGUUAUUUUCAACUAUGGAAUACCUAAUUCUUUUUUAAUAUUAACUAAAGACUUAAAAUUAUAUUUUAUCAUGUUCAAAAAGCUUUUCAAAUACCUAUUGGUUUUUUAUCCUCCAACUCAUCUUACUCUAUAGAUUAAAUGCUAAAUUCUCUCAAAAAGUUGCUUUCAACUAUGUAGUAAUUCUUUUUUAAUAUUUACUAUUCAAAAGCCUAGGAGUUCCAAAUAAAAUGAUGUUUUAACAUGUCUAAAAUCUUUCAAAUACUGAUUGGUAUUUAAUGAUUCUAGAUUUUUAAAUCAAUAAAUUGUAGACUAACAGCAGACAAAAUGAUAACUCAAAAAGUUGUUUGUAACCUUAAAACAAUUCUCUUGACCCUUCAGUGGAUAAGGAUACUUUUGGUGCGAUUAUAUACCAUUGUUUCCAAUUUUCGAUCUUAUUAGGGCUGAGUCCCAACCCCUUUUCACCUGAAACCUCCGAAAAUAACGUUAAAUAAAUGCUGACAAAUACAGCAAAAAAGAAAAAUAUAAAAAAAGAGGAAAAUGAAAUGAGAAAUUCAAUUGUGGCCUCGGUCUCGUCGACUGUGGCCGGCUUCAUGCCUUCAUGCAUAUUUAAAUGAGAUUUUGCGUUAACUGAAUUUUUUCACCGACAUACUCCAGCUGCGUGGGCGGGGGGCGGUGGGCGUGGCCAGCGGGAUAUGUGGGCGUGUGGCCCUGAAAAAAACAUAUUAAUUUAUAUAAUGUACGUGUACGCACAGAGAUAUAAAACAUUUAUAUAGAUUUAAAUAAAUUGGGUUCUUCUCAUUUCGCAAUUUCAGUUCUUUAUUUUUUGCCAUUUUUGUCGUUCAUUUAACGCGCCAUGGGGGCGGGGGGCGGUGGGCGUGGCAAGCGGGCGUGUUGUCGCAUAUGUAUUUUAAAUAGGAUGCAGGCCCCAUUAGCAUAUAAAUUGACGCAGCGGCAGUUGAGUGGAUAAAAACGAAAAAACUCUUAACCAAGAGGCUUUACAAAAAAAGAGAAAAAGGGUUAUGGCUCGUAACUGUUAACUAGCAUUUGGUCAAAAGUAAAAAAAAAUAUGCAAAAAUUAAUUGAAAUGCCCACCAAACAUUACACACACACAAAUACACUAACACUAACAGCCCCAAGCUGACAAAUUGACUUCCGUUUCCGCUAAUUCAAAACAACAAGCAAAAAAAAAUGAAAUUUCUUCGAAAGAAUGAGCAAGUACUUAAAGAGAAAGAUGCAAACAUAACCAAAUUAGUCAUUAGUUGAUAUGUCAAGCCGUUUAUUUAUUUACACCUUUUUUUCCUAAACCUAAUUAUAAACGAAUACGGAAUAUAUUUAUGAACGAAUCGCGAGGAGAUCCAAGAUGUAUUUAUAUGUUAUAGGGGGAGGUCUCUCCAGCCCGCAGAUCACCUCCCACUUUUGGUUUGCGAAUGCAUUAAGCAUGGCCUACUAAUCACAUAUCCUUCAGCCACACACACAAGUAAACACGAUUAGUUAUUAAAUAAUGUUUUUUUUUUUGUCAGACUAAUAUGAGUAUCAUGCGUGUGUGUCCAGAACGAAUUAUUCAUAUGGUAAGCCUAAAAAAACACAAAGAAAUACAUAAAGCGCAUACAUACAUAUAAAACAUAAAUAUACCUAAUCAAAAAAGAAGAAAAAAACAAAAAAAAAACGUAAGGAAACGCAAAAAGAAAACAAUUUUUUUCUUAGAUUUUUUGUAAAUACUCAAAAAGCAGAUCAGAUAGAACUAUAUAUAUAUAGAAACACAUUGAUUACAAUUUCGAUUAUUGCUAAUUAUUAUGUUGAAUCAUAAAUUGCACACUCACACACCCACACACCCACUCACACACACACACGAAAAGCAAGAGAAAUUCACAUUGUCUGAUAUUAAAGUAUUGUAGUUGGUACUUAUAUAAUACAUAUAUAUAUAUAUAUAUAUAUAUAUAUAAAUAAAUAUUAAAAUAUGAUUAAUCAUAAUACAUAAAGUAUGCAAUUUUUGUGGCAAAAGAAAAAAUAUAUCAAAGACAAGCAGAUGGAGGAAAAUCCAAGUUAUAUAUAUAUAUAUCAUUUAUGUGUACUUGAAAAAGUAAAAAACCGAAAACAAAGCAAAAAGAGCAUGAAAGUUUAAUCGAAUUAAGUGGACAAAUUGCUAAUAAUAAUAAUAAAA